GCCUGAAGAAAAACUAAAUGUCACUAGCAGCACCGUCGCUUCUGUCCUUCAAUGCUGGAGUUAUUGCUCACAUGCUUAGUGUCCGCGUGUUAGAGCCUGUGCACAUUUUUAAUGCAGCUUUAGGAUUCAUCACGUCUGUUGUCUCUGUACGUUUUUUUAAAACGCAGUCUGUGUUAUUGCGGUAAUGGAGUGUCGUGUGCUGUCCAUUCAGAGUCAUGUUGUCAGGGGAUACGUUGGGAACAAGUCGGCAACAUUCCCGUUGCAGGUGCUGGGCUUUGAAGUGGACUCUAUCAACUCUGUGCAGUUCUCCAAUCACACAGGCUACGCCCAUUGGAAAGGUCAAGUUCUGACAGCGGAUGAGCUAAAUGUGCUGUAUGAGGGCAUUAAGCUCAACAAGGUGAACCGCUAUGACUACAUCCUUACAGGUUACAGCAGAGACACGUCCUUCCUGAUGACGGUUGUUGACAUCAUUCAGGAGCUAAAGAAGGCCAAUCCCAGCCUGGUAUAUGUUUGUGAUCCUGUUAUGGGAGACCAGGGGGCUAUGUACGUUCCAGAGUACCUGCUGCCUGUCUACAGGGACAAUGUGGUGCCUUUGGCUGACAUCCUCACCCCCAACCAGUUUGAAGCAGAACUAUUAACCGGGAGAAAAAUCAUCACAGAAGAAGAUGCUGUUGAGGUGAUGGACUUGCUUCAUAAAAUGGGACCAGAGACUGUCGUCCUCACCAGCACAGACCUGCCCUCCAGACGUGGGGACCAGUUCCUGGUGGCCCUCGGGAGCCAAAAGAUAGUGAAACCAGAUGGGACCGUCACCAGUCAGAUAAUCUGCAUGGACAUUCCCAAAGUGGAUGCUGUAUUUGUGGGGACAGGAGACCUGUUUGCUGCCUUGUUGCUGGCCUGGACUCACCACUACCCCAAAGACCUGAAGGCUGCCUGUGAAAAGACUGUUUCGGUCAUGCACCAUGUCAUAAAGAGGACCAUAACCUAUGCUAACGAGAUGGCUGGCCCUGGGAAAAGGCCCAGUCCGGCACAACUGGAGCUGAGGAUGGUUCAGAGCAAAGCCGACAUUGAGAGUCCUGCCAUUGUUGUGGAAGCUAAGGUUUUACAAAAGUAUUCACACUGAAUACCCUAACGUUGUCGUAAAAAAAUCAAAUUUUGCUGGUUAACAACCGGCUUCAAAUCUGGGCCGUCCUCCAGACACAUGUAGGAAUUUUACAUAAAAAACUGGUUUGUGUCUCUGCCUUACAGAAUCUCUGAGGGAGUACAAUAUGUUUUCAUGAGUGGGUUCAGCAGGAUAUGCUGUAUGUACAUUCUGCUCACAAACACAGUAGAAUCACUGUCAUAUACAUCCGUCCUAUGGCCUGUGUCGACAUCAUCUGCCAUUCAAAACAAAUGACGACAUUAGCCAAUGAUGUUUAGGUUUAAAGAUAGUGUUAGUGUACUUGAAUAAUCACCAAAAUGGUGAAAAUGAUCUAUUCUUUUAAAUUCUUUAUCUAUAAAAUAACUCAUCUGAAUUAAGCUGUAAAGAUGCAUGACUAUGCCUUUACUUGUAUGGAUCAAAAGUAAGGACUAGUACUUGUACUUAAAGUGUGUUGCUCACAAGGCAUUAUAAGCACAGCCAUAAAUUAUUUAUGAUAUAUUUAAAACAUUACUGUUUAAGCCAGAAGCAGCACAUGAUGCAAAAGUAAACAGCUUCCGAUGAAAAGUAAUAAUUUCUUAAUGAUGUCAGAUUCACAGAGAACUUAAGUGCAUAGGGAGUUUUCUGAAUGUGCUUAUAAUGCCUUUGUGUGUUUUAUUAUGCACUUCAGCUCCACGUAUACAUGCAGAUCUAAUGCAUUAUAAGUGUUGAAAUGUUAAUUGUGAGUCCAACAAAAUUUCAAAUCAUUUUAUGCAAUCAAUGUGUGGUCUAUACAGUUUAUUUACCAAUUAGUUUUAUUUCAAAUGUAGUUUAACGAUAAUCAUGAAAAUAGUUGAUGUCUAAAAUAGUUAUUUUACUGAAUAUUCUGAAAAUGUUUUUCACCUCCUUUUUUAAUUAUGCAUUGAUGUCUUGAACUAGCAGAUGUAAUACAUGUUAGAUCCAUGUCUUAAGCAUCUCAAAUUGAGGUAUUUGCACAGAUAAUCUUUAAUAUAUUUACUAAUGAUCAUCAUAUUAAUUUUUGACUGUUGUCAUAUCUUACUUAAAGAGUCGGUAUGAAAGACCAUGCUGUAAAAAUUGCCUUAACGGGGUUUAGAAUAACAACAUUGGUUGUGAAUGUUUUUGUGUACCAAUGUAAUAGUUGAUCCUCACACAUAAUAUUAGAAAGUCAAGUGCCAAGCAUUGAGCUGCUGCUCUGAAAGACAGCAAUACAAGAAGAGAAAUAAUAAAUGAUUCAUAUUUUACUGAAA